ACGAAUGUUGUUUACAAAUUUACGCUACAGCUGCGUGCAUCAGUCGUAAAUAUUGCCGAGUUUUUCGUUUGAGUUCCAAUAUAAUUUACAUCUGAAAAUGCCAAAGGUUGUUUCAAGAAGUAUUGUUGUUUCAGACACCAAAGAUCAAGAAGAACAAGAAGAGAAACCCCUCCAAUCCUAUUACUGCUUAUGUGGCCAGUUUACAUUAAUUUUGGAUUCUCUCCUUGAAAAAUUGCCACUGAGACAAAGGGAUGGUUCACGUGUCAUUGACGGUUCCAAACAAGUUAACAAGAUAACCUGUGAUCCUGAUGAAAUCAUUUACAUCAGACGUGAAGAAGGCAUUGAAAAGCAGCAUAGGUUUUGCUGCAAAAAGUGUGGCCUUCAACUUUACUACAAGCAUGACCCAAAAAGCAAUGUAACUUUUAUUAUAAAAGGUGCUUUAGUGAGAUCAGGUGAAGGACAGCUAAGAAGCAUGUUCAAUACCUUAAGUGUAGAAGGUGCUCAGAAACAACCACAGAAGACCCUGGUCACAAAACACACCAAGAACAUGGGUAAGUUUUCUUCUGUCACUGUGUCUACUAUUGAAGAUGAAGAGGACGAAAUGGAAGAGAGGGAAGUGGCCGACUCGUACGCCAACAACGCACGAAUUAUUGAGAAACAGUUGGUUAGGAAAGGAGGCUUGAAACGCAAGACAGACAUUCCUGAAACUGAAACACAAAAGAAACUUGUUCGAGGUACAUUAAUCGAUAAGUAAAACUCCCCAUUCUUACUAUGUGACAAACUAUGUCAUUCAAUUUCGAAUUUUUGUUCAAAUUUUCUAAUAAAAUGCUUUUGACAAAAAAUUAAGCUUUUCAGUUCAAUCACAAA